AUGGCGGCGAGUUCUAGAGGCUUCUCAACGACGCAGUUCGAUUUCAAGCUCAGAGCAACACGGCUCAAUGUUGCUCUAUUUCCGAGCACUUACUUCCCGGAGUUAUGCCGGAGAAAGCGAAGAAAGAUGUUUUCCGAUGCGGAACGAGUUCGAAUCGGUAAUCUCAAAUUUCGAUGCUGUUGUUCUGACUCGGUUGCUCCGAUUCGUAGAACGAGUGGACCUGAGAAAAUCGAGGAACGGAGAUUCGAUCCGAAGAAAAACCCUCACGUUCAUAGAGUUAGAACUCGAGCUACUCCAGCUGCAAUGCCGUUCGCUUCUCCACCGUCCAUUUUAAAGCAGGAAAAGUUCUCUCCUCGUUGUUCCCCAAGAAAUUCUGGUCCACAGUCACGAGAUACCCCGCCCAAAAGAGACACUGGUAUAGCAAAUGAGAAGGACUGGGGUAUCAGCUUGUUAAAUGAAAAUGUUAAGGAGUCCGGCACUAAUGAAGAUGGGAGUACUUGGUACAGAGAAAAUGGAGAAGAGCUUGGUGAAAAUGGAUAUAGAUGUAGAUGGACAAGAAUGGGUGGUCAAUCCCAUGAUAGUUCAUCAGAAUGGAAAGAAACGUGGUGGGAGAAGAGCGACUGGACUGGAUAUAAGGAGCUAGGUGUGGAGAAAUCUGGCAGAAAUUCUGAGGGGGAUUCUUGGUGGGAAACAUGGCAAGAAAAUCUUCAUCAAGAUGAAUGGAGUAACAUAGCAAGAAUAGAGAGGAGCGCACAAAAACAAGCAAAAUCAGGAACCGAAAAUGCUGGGUGGUAUGAGAAAUGGUGGGAAAAAUAUGAUGCUAAAGGUUGGACUGAAAAGGGGGCACAUAAGUAUGGUAGGCUGAAUGAACAAUCGUGGUGGGAAAAGUGGGGAGAGCAUUAUGACGGAAGAGGAUCUGUUCUCAAAUGGACAGAUAAAUGGGCUGAAACUGAACUUGGAACAAAAUGGGGAGACAAGUGGGAGGAGCGGUUCUUUAAAGGCAUAGGUUCACGUCAUGGGGAAACUUGGCAUGUAUCUCCAAGCAGUGAACGUUGGUCAAGAACUUGGGGAGAAGAGCACUUUGGAAAUGGGAAAGUCCAUAAGUAUGGAAACAGCACAACCGGUGAGAGCUGGGACAUAGUUGUAGACGAAGAAACUUAUUACGAGGCCGAACCUCAUUAUGGAUGGGCGGAUGUUGUGGGUGAUUCAAGCCAACUACUCUCGAUUGAGCCCCUGGAGAGACCACCUGGUGUCUUCCCCAAUUUAGACUUCGGAUCACCUCCAUCGCUCCAAGCAGAUGACCCACCGGAUGAUUUGCCCUCGUCGCAGUGA